CCUCCAUCUCCCUCUCCCAGAACUGAAGAGGCAUCGCGCUCUUUGUUCGUGGAUCCUCCGGUGGACGAAACGUUCUUCGGCGUGAGAAUGAUAAGAGAGACGGAAGGAGAUGGAGACCGAGCGAGCAGAUGUCCAGCGGCUGCUGGUGAUUAAAGAAGAAGAAAUCAAAGAAGAGGCCACCCAGUUCUCCCUCACUCCUGUCCAGGUGAAGAGUGAAGAUGAUGGAGCAACCAGCAGCUGGACUCAACACAUGAAGACAGAAGCUGAUGGAGACACCUGUGGAGGAGCAGAAGCAGCCAGUGACUUGGAUACACCUCUCCUCCCUGACCACCAGAGGUCGCCUUGUUCUGACUCUGACACUGAUGACAGUGAGGACUGGAGAGAAGCCAGUGAGUCUUUGGAGAGUCAAAAAGUUAAAGUCAGUAAAAAGAAAGUUGCUGGCUUCAAAUCAAUAAGCUGCUCUGGAUGUGGAAAGAAAUUGUCUUCGAUGUCUGCACAUAGCAAUCAUGUCAAGUCCUGCCACAGAUCUUUGACUUGUUCAGUUUGUGGGAAAUGUUUUGAAAAGCAACGGAAUUUAAAGGUGCACAUGAAAAUUCACUCUGGAGAAAAACCUUAUGUCUGCCCUCAGUGUGGUAACGUGUUUAGACUGAAAUGCUACCUGAGGAAUCACCUGAAAGUUCACACUGGAGUGAAACCUUUCUCCUGCUCUCAGUGUGGUAAGUGUUUUGCUGCACAGGGGACUUUGAAGAGACAUUUAAGAUAUCACUCUGUUGAAAAACCCUUUAGUUGCUCUCAGUGUGACAAAUGUUUUAAGGCACGAGGCAACCUGAAGAGUCACCAGCGUUUUCACUCUGGAGAAAAACCUUUCUGCUGCACUGAAUGUGAUAAAUGUUUCACACGGAGAGGUAGUCUGGUGGCACAUCUAAGAAGUCACAGUGGAGAAAAACCUUACAUCUGCUCUCAAUGUGGGAAAUGUUUUACUGAAAGAAGGAGACUGAGUGCACACUCAAGAAUACACACUGGGCAAAAACCUUUCCUCUGCCCUGAAUGUGGUAAACGCUUUGCAGAGAAGAGGACACUGGAUGUUCACUUAAGGAUUCACACUGGACAAAAGCCUUUCAGCUGCUCUCAAUGUGGUGAUCGCUUCAUGUGGAAAAACCGACUUAAAUCACAUAUGAAAAGUCACACCUGAGUAAUUCUAUUACAUGGCUCUUGAGGAAAAAAAAAAUGAAUCAACUGCUAACCCAGCUAAGAUCAGACUUUAAUUUACUUUAAUGUGAACGAUUUGACGCAGGUAGCAUCACCCAACCACAGAUUCUGCUUCUUCAAUCUAGUGGUCAGAUUCAGCAACUGUAAACAGUUUAGUUUUGAAGGGCUGGGAUAAAAGUGAGAGGUUAGGGAAAGGGUUGCCAAUGAGAUGUCCUCACAAAAGUAGCGAAACAAACAUGCAUGUGUGCACUCACUCUUUCGGUGCCUAUCUCCAGGAUGAUUCUCUUUUCACCCGUUCCUCAUUCACAACCGUCAUAUGUCGUGAAAAUCGUCAAAGCUUUCAAACUCUGGACGUUUUCAUUCAAUGGAGCAUCACCGACCACCAAUAGCACCAAUCACACUGUCAUGACCAAUUCAUCUCUGUUUUUGACAGCUUCAUGAGUCGCAACCAAUUUUGAUGAGAUAGUUUAUCGCAUAUUUGCUGAUUGUGAUUGGUUAGAUAGAGAUUGUCAUCAAAAAGUUCACUCACUUUUUCACUC